UUAAUUUGCAGCGACGUCAUUAAAAGCUGAUACCAUUUAAGAAACUGUGAUGGAUACCGCGGACUUUAAUGAGCAGAACUGUAUGACUGCUACUUAGAUAGUCAGUUUGCGUGCCUGUUUUGAGCGUCAAGCGAAGCCCAUCUGUCAACAGUCCAACUUGCUCUCAAAGGAGAAGCGCGCUGUCAGUGAUGCUCAUGCGCCGCGCUGAUGCGCUGAGGUGUUCAUUAAACGAGAAUAACGGGUAACAGAGGCUCUUACCUCACGAAAUUCAGCACUGACUCAAAACAACUUUCCUAACUAUUCGUAAGGAUGUUUUUCGAGCAGGGUGAUUUAAACUACAGCUUUAACAUGAGCGAGGAAGACCGGUUAACUCUUCUGGCCGGGGACUGGAGCGACUCUCCGGUGGAGACGCUCUCACGCGCAGGCUUCAUCGCUCUGUCCGUGUUCCUAGGAUUCAUCAUGACUUUCGGCUUUCUCAAUAACUUUGUCGUUUUAGUACUCUUCUGUAAGUUUAAGACGCUCAGGACGCCGGUUAACAUGCUGCUUCUUAACAUUAGCGUCAGCGACAUGCUGGUGUGUUUGUUUGGGACGACCCUGAGCUUCGCGUCCAGUGUGCGGGGACAGUGGCUGCUCGGGAGGCACGGCUGCAUGUGGUACGGCUUCAUCAACUCCUGCUUCGCUCGCAAAGACAGCAUAACUCACAUUCACAACUCAGGCAUUGUGUCUCUGAUAUCCUUGGUGGUUCUUUCAUACGACCGCUACAGCACAUUGACGGUGUACCAUAACCGCGGCCCAGACUAUCGCAAACCCCUUCUGGCAGUAGGGGGUUCGUGGCUCUAUUCUUUGAUCUGGACAGUGCCCCCUCUUCUGGGCUGGAGUAGUUAUGGGUUGGAGGGUGCGGGAACCAGUUGCUCUGUAUCAUGGACCGAGCGUACAGCCCAGUCUCAUGCCUACAUCAUCUGCCUGUUUAUAUUCUGCUUGGGCCUACCAGUGCUCAUCAUGGUCUACUGCUAUGGGAGACUGCUGUAUGCCGUUAAACAGGUAGGGAAGAUACGGAAGACAGCAGCGCGAAAACGGGAAUACCAUGUUUUGUUCAUGGUUAUCACCACGGUGGUGUGUUACCUUCUGUGCUGGAUGCCGUACGGUGUCGUGGCCAUGAUGGCUACAUUUGGCCGGCCAGGAAUCAUCUCACCCGUGGCCAGCGUGGUUCCCUCUCUCCUCGCCAAGAGCAGCACGGUCAUCAACCCGCUCAUAUACAUCCUGAUGAACAAACAGUUCUACAGGUGUUUCUGCAUCUUGUUCUGCUGUCAGAGGAGUUUGCUGCAGAACGGUCAUUCCUCCAUGCCCUCUAAGACCACAGUCAUCCAGCUCAACCGUAGAGUCCACAGUAACACUGUUGCCUGCACUGCUCACAUCUCCACCGGCAUCCACAACCACGACUGCAGCACUCCGGCCACAGAGAGGACCAACCCUCCAGAGGUCACCACCUAAGCUGAGCCGGCCCGGCCCAGCCCGGCCCAGCAAUCAUGACAUCGAACAUAACAGACCAUGUGGGUGAUGGUCAACCCUGCCUUGUUUCCCGUGCUUGCUUCUUCUGCAGUUGCAACAAUGAUUUGUUAAUUAAUUAGAAAAAAAGUGGAUCGUCAACAAUGCAUUUCAUUGCUGAUUAGUGCAAUCUUUUCGCUGUGCAUGAAGAACCUUGAGUGAUCACACUUUGCAGUAAUAAAACAACGAAACAGUCACACACACACUUGAAAAAUACCAGAGGCUACAGAACAAGGUACACAGCAAGUAGUCUGAAGCACAAGAACACAAUAUAUUAUAUGCUUCAUAUGAGGCUAAGCAUAUGGUUCCAUGUGGCCAGGCUGCCUCAAACAGAGUUCAAUUCAGUUUUUCACCAAAUAAAAUUAAUAAAAUAUAAACUGUUCUUUUAUUAGAAACAUUGAUAAAAUUGUCCCAACAUUUAUAAAACUGUCCCGACAAAGCGUUGGAUGAGAUAGAUGUUGAGAAAGACUGUAUAAUUAAUGUGUAUAUCUAUAUUUUGUUACCUUUAAGAUGCACACAAGUAUACACACGCUAUAGUUAAAAGGUUUGGGAUUUGGGAAGAGAAAAAAAAAAAAAAUAACUUUUCUGUAAGGACUUUUUGCGAACAAAUUGACAUCGAAGUCAUUUUAAAUAUUUCUCUCUCAAAGAAAUGCUGAUAUCUUUUUCUGGCUGCUAAACAUUCAGUUUUGCCAUCAUAGGAAUAAAUUACCAUAAAAAACAAAAACAAAAAAAAACAAAAAACACUGUUCUGCUGCUUUUCAAAUGUGAUCUGCACAUUAUAUUGUAACCUUUGUAUAGUAUUUGAAAAUUUUUGCACAAAAUAUGAAGCAUGCAUUACUUUUUUUUUUUUUUAAACAAUUUGCACAUUGGGCAAGAUGUUAAAUAUUGGAGUAAGAAAUUGAAAUCAAUUUGUCAAGUAUUUGAAGCCCUACUUUAAUUUCUUUUAUAUACAUAUACUUAUCUUUUGCCGUCUUAAACGGUUUAAAAUGAUAAUUCUCUUAUUGUUCAUGUUUCAUUUGGCUUAGUUAAGAGUAUUGUAUAUGAUAUUAUUUGAAGGGUUUGUUGAAUGUCAAAAUUGUCAUUGUCCCUUUGGUGAAGAACACUGAUAUUGCAGAAAAAGGAAAGCAAUAUUUCCUUUGUGUUAAAUGUGUCAAAAACUCCUAAGAAAAAUGUGGUUGGAAAAUGUGUUGUU